AGUGGAAGGAAUGCCCAAGACGGUCCAUUUGGGCGAUGUGUGGCCCGACCUCCGUGGGGUUGUGGAGCAGCUGCUGGACGAUGUAGAGGUUCCGAUCUCGACCGAGGAUUACAUGAAGUAUGUGCGGAUGGUGUCGGACUACUGCACGGGAACCAGCACAGACUCGACUGGGUCGGGGGCGUCGUUUAUCGGCGGACAGAUGUACCACGAGCUGGGCAACGUGCUCAAGGCGCGGAUGGAGGUGCUGCGCAGCUCGCUGACGGGAACGAUGGGAGUGACGCUCCUCUCGCAGUACUCGCAGCUCUGGCGCGACUACCAGUACGUGGUGCAGGUGACCAACUCGAUUUUCAACUACAUCAACCGAUACUGGGUCAAGCGGCAGCGCGAGGAGGUUGAGGGUCGGGUGGAGACCAACGUGUUUACGAUCAAGGAGCUGUGCAUCGCGACGUGGCGCGACGAGCUGUUUGCGCACAUCAUGUCGCGGUUGCAGGAUGCGCUGCUUGCAGAGAUUGAGCGCGAGCGGAACGGCGAGCAGAUCGACACUGCGCUGGUUAAGACUGUGGUGGAGUCGUUUGUGGCGAUGUCGUUUAACAUUUCUGAUCCGGCGCAAGUUGUGCUCGAGAUGUACAAGGCGGCGUUUGAGGACGCGUUUAUCCAGGCGACGCAGGUGUACUACGUGAUGGAGUCGUCCAAGUUCCUUACGGACAACUCAUGUGCCGACUUUAUGAAAAGGUGGAGGUGCGUCUGGCAGAGGAGGUGGAUCGUGUGGCGCGGUACCUGCACCACUCGACACUGGAGCGGCUGACCAAGACGUGCGAGACGGUGAUGGUGGCGCAGCACAUCGACAAGAUCCAGGCCGAGUUCCCGUCGAUGCUUACGCAGGACAAGCAGGACGACCUGCGGCGGCUGUACAACUUGCUUGCGCGGAUCGAGAACGGGCUUGGCCCGCUCCGCGACAUUUUCCGCAACCACGUGCGCGACGACGGGCUUGCGCGGAUCGAGGCGCUCAACAACGUCAACGACGACGACGACGACGGGGCGGCGGCGUCGUCGUCUACGGCCGCAGCGAGCAAGGACGAGAAGAAGAAGCGGAGCUCGAAGAAGCAAGAGUUCAAGUCGUACGUCGAGACGCUCAUUGCGGUCCACGACCGGUACUGGUCGCUCAUUGUCAACGUGUUUGCGGAGGACAACGGGUUUGCGGUGGAGAUGAACAAGGCUUUCGACCACUUUAUGAACCUUGAGGGCAACCGGUCGCCCGAGUAUCUCUCGCUCUACAUCGACGACAAGCUCAAGAAGGGGGCCAAGGGCGUGACCGAGGACGAAAAGUCCGCCAUCAUCGACAAGUGCCUCAUUCUUUUCCGGCGCAUCGAGGAGAAGGACAUGUUCGAGCGGUACUACAAGAACCACCUCGCCAAGCGGCUGCUCUCGGGCCGGUCGGCGUCUAACGACGCCGAGCGCGAGGUCAUCACCAAGCUCAAGUCCGAGUGUGGCAUGUCGUUCACGCACAAGCUCGAGGGCAUGUUCAAGGACGUGCAGCUCUCUGCAGACAUCAUGGACAAGUUUGGCGAGUCGGAGCUGGCCAAGAAUCUCGGCAUCACCCUCUCGGUCCAGGUCCUCACCACCGGGUUCUGGCCGCAGGUGGCCGGCUCGUGCAUCCUCCCGCCGGAGAUCGCAAAGUGCCAGGAAGUGUUCAAGCAGUUCUACCUCAACUCGCACUCGGGCCGCGUCCUCAACUGGCAGUCAACGCAGGGCACCGCCGACCUCAAGGCCACGUUUGGUGGCAAGACCAAGGAAAUCUCGGUCUCGACUACACAGAUGGCCAUCCUCUGCCUCUUCAACCAGGCCGACUCGAUGACCUUUACCGAGAUUCGCGACGCCACCGAGCUCGACAUUGUGGCCCUCAAGCGCGACCUGCUCUCGCUCGCCUGUGCAAAGUACAAGAUCCUCACCAAGGAGCCCAAGUCCAAGAAGAUCAAGCCCGACGACGUGUUCACCUUUAACGAGACCUUCAAGUGCAAGCUCUUCAAGUUCAAGAUUCCGCAAGUCGUCACCAAGGAGUCGUCGCGCGAGCGCGAAGUCACCAUCCGCAAGGUCGACGACGACCGUAAGUUCAAGAUCGACGCCGCCAUUGUCCGCAUCAUGAAGGCUCGCAAGACCCUCGACCAUGCAAACCUCGUCGCCGCCGUCAUCAAGCAGCUCAAGGCUCGCUUCACCCCCAACCCUCCUGUCAUCAAGAAGCAGAUUGAGACCCUCAUCGAGCGCGGCUACCUCGAGCGCGACCCCAAGUCGCGGAAGCAGUACAACUACCUCGCGUAGUGCCCGAGCACCACGCUCACAGAGCUGGCUACUCAGCGCAGCCUUGCUCCUGUUCGAUCCAUUGAAGACGACAAGCAGUUC